AUGGCGCACAUGCCAGGAAAUAACAUCUCCAAUGCUCCGCCGAGCUAUGACGAUUCUCAGCAAGCAGCAUCGUCGUCAGCAGCAGCACCAGCUGGAUUCCAAGGCAGCUCCUAUGGUCUAGAAAAGCAGCAACAUCAAUAUAACCUUCAGCAAAAUCCGCCACAGGGCUCGCAGUAUCCACCAGGUGACCCUCCACCCUACCAUAAUUGGCAAGAAGCCGUGCCAGACACAUCAGUCUUCCCACCACCACCCAUCUCAGGCAACUACAGCUCGGGCACGGGCAACGCCUCCGCCGACGAUGCUCAGCGCGCCCAUAACUUUUGUGACUCCACACCUCUCUGGCUGCCAGUAGUGCCUUCAGCUGCAGUCUACACGUCCGUGGCUAAACACGACCUACGACCCGUCCAGCACCGCGAGUUUGCGGGUCAACUCACGCCUACGGCACCGGGUCGCUGGAUUGGGCGCACCGUCGACUACAACGGAGACUGUUGCGUACUGACCCAUCUCCCUCUGUACUUUGCCGCCCAAGACUCCCCCUUCAUCACCGAGCAACGCAAGACGAUCUAUUUCGAGGUCAAGCUGCUCGCACUCCGCGCAGGGCCCGGUGGUGAUACCAGUGGGCUUUCUCUGGGCUUUGCGGCGCAGCCAUAUCCUUCAUGGCGGUCGCCAGGAUGGGAGCGUGGUAGUCUAGGUGUGUUUUCAGACGACGGAUGUCGCUUCGUGAAUGACUCCUGGGGUGGGCGUGACUUUACCACGCCGUUCACGGUUGGCGAGACGCUGGGGAUUGGGAUGAAGUUUGCGCUGCCGGAGGAUCCGCUUGUGAUGGCCGAUGCAAUGUUUGGUGUCAAGAAGAUCUGCAAGGUCGAGGUCUUUUUCACGCGCGAUGGGCGUCCAGCGGGUGGGUGGGACCUGCAUGAGGAGAGGGAUGAGCAAGCUGGAGACGUGGAGGGGUUAGAGGGGGACUUUGACAUGUACGGGGCUGUGGGGUUAUUUGGGGGCGUGGAUUUUGAGGUUUGCUUUGAUCCAGCAGGGUGGCGAUGGCAGCCUACUGAGUAG